AUGGGCGACUUGACAAUUGCUACGCUAUGUCAAGCACUUGCAAAUAUAACUAAUAAUCGUUGUAGUUUUAUUGAAAAAUUAAAUACAUGUCGAUGUUUUGAUGAGAUCAUGACUCAAAAACCAGUAACCGUUAUUAAUUCUGCACCUAACAUAAUGUUAAGUGAAGUAUUUUUAAUUUUUUUUGUUUUGGCAUUAUGGCUAUCAGCUAUUGGAUUUUGUUUAAAUCAAUAUAAAUCACUUCGUCGUCUUGAAACUCAAGUACAUUAUUGUGGUAAUCGAAAAGAUCCAUUAAAUAUUGGUGAUAUUAAAAUAGUUGCACGUGAACAAGAUUCAAUAAUAUAUCAUAAAAAACGUUAUUCAACUGUUAUUGAUACACAUAUUAAUCCUGAUGAUUUAAAAGCUAUGCAAUAUGUUACAGAAUAUUUACCAAAAAAUGUUUCAACAUUAGCACCACCCCCACCACCGCCAUCAUCACCAUCAUCAAUUAUGACAGGUCUUGUUAUCGGUCGAGAAGAUCUUACUGCUAAUAUACCUUUGUCAAUAACAUCAUCUAUAUUUAAUACAACAACAUCAUUACCAUCAACUCCUUAUACUCCAUUGACUACACAUAAUGAAAUAGCUGAAGAUCAACAAUCACCAUUAGAAUCUGCAUCAUCAUUUACAUCUUUUGUUUUAAUUGAAACAAAUGCUAAUAAAUCUAUUGGUCGUACAUCUUUUGCUCGUCUAACAGAAAGUGGUCAGGUAAAAACAGGUCUUACUGUUCCACGUCUUUCUGCAACAAACAGUUUACGUUCAUCUUGGAAUGAUACAUCUAUAUAUGAGACAAGUCGUUCUGCACAACAUUUAUCGGUACCAUCGAAUAGUCUUCGAUCGACUCGUUUUUCUGAUGGUAAUAUAGCUUUUGGUAUUCCUGGCGCUUCACAGACAACUUCAGAAAAUCAAGAUGAACAAUUACUUGAUCCUCGUCUUAUACCGAGAACAGUUCGUCGAAGUUUAUUAGCUUUACAUCGUGAAAGUCAUGAAAAUAUAAAUAUGCAACGUACGAAAGAAAAAACUCAAUCAGAAAAUGAUGUACACGGCUCAUUUACACCUUGGAAAAUAAAAAUGAAAUCGAAAUUAAAACGUACUCAUCAUCAUCAUCAACAAAAUCAACCACAACAACAACAACAACAACAAACUCGAGAAUAUUCAAAUACACUUUCAACUUUACCUACAUCAGGCAAAAGUAAUGAACAUGGACGACGUGUAUCAGAAUAUGGAACAAGAAAACAAGAAUAUCGAUUUUCAACACCACCAUUACGUUACUAUUCUCUAUCAAGACAUCAAUCAAUGCGACGAAGUUUAAAACAUUAUCCAAAAUAUUCAACACAAAGUACAACAGAAAGUGAAACAACAACAACACAAGGUGAAACAUCAAUGAUGAUGACAAAUAUGUAUACAUCACCCAAUGAUAAUAAAUCAACAAAAACAAUCGAUGAAAUAGAUGGAGAAUCACCACCGUUAACAUCUACAUAA